UUCUAUUUGCACAACUCUCAUAUCAACACAGUCCGCUGGAGCCUCAGCCGAGGAGCUAUCUAUCUGCUGUAAACUGAAGAGUGGGGAGAGCAAAGGUGAGAGGACACAAGCAUGGCCUCAGCAGGAAUGCAGAUCUUUGCCUUCAUCCUGGCGCUGCUUGGCCUCUUCGGAGCCACAGUCUCCACCCUGCUUCCCAGCUGGAAGGUGAGCGCUGACCUGGGCUUGAACAUCAUCACUGCCACCUCCCAGAUGCAGGGGCUGUGGAUGGACUGCACCUGGUACAGCACGGGGAUGUUCAGCUGCACACUCAAAUACUCAGUGCUGUCCCUGCCUGCCUACCUACAGACCGCCCGCACCAGCAUGGUGCUGUCCUGCGUGCUGGCUGCCCUGGGGCUCUGCAUCGCCUCCCUGGGGUUAAAAUGCACGCGCUGGGGAGGAGGGGCGCAGGCAAAAAGACACACAGCCAUUGCCGGGGGGGGCUUCCUUAUCGUGGCCGGAUUCCUUUGCCUCAUCCCAGCCUCUUGGUUUACCAACAAGGUCAUCAACAGUUUUUUGGACUCAGCCGUGCCGGAGAGUAACAAGUACGAGCCAGGGGGAGCUGUGUGCGUCGCGUUUGUGUCGGCAGGGUUGCUGUUUGUUGGGGGGGCCAUCAUGUGCACGUCUUGCACCGGGAAGCAGCAGGGACCACAGAACUGUCCUCCGAACAACAAGCAGCAGUGCUGUUCAGCCUCACAGCCUACAGACAAUAAGGCAGAAUACAGCCUGCAGGACUAUGUGUAAUUCCAGGCAACAGACAGCUGGUAUAAUAAGCGCUGCCUGCUCUGCGUUAGAAGAAAGAAAGAUGUGGGAGGGAGGCAGUCCCUUGCACUAUUUUAGGUAUUUUAAAUGCUUCAAUACAAAUGAACUUCUAAAUAUCUUUUAUUUUUAUGGCACUGAAUUCCUGUUCAUUAGUCCAUCAACCCUGAUUAUAUAAAACUCAAUUUCAGCAUCUAAAUGCACAGGCAAUACCUUUCAAAAAAGUAACCGAUAAAUUAGAUAAAAUAUAAAUUUACUACAUAAAGAACUUCAGAUCUGUUUCAGUACCUAAUAUUAGGAUCCCCCCCCGCCCCCCCCCAAUAGCUAGAAAAUAAUCAACAUAUCAGCUGAAGUCCACAUUUUAUCUGGCUUCUCACAGCCUUGAAUUUGAAAACAUCCGACCAAAAAAACAAACAGCACAAUCCUGUUUCUUCAACGCAAACAAGCUAUGUGCGCUGUUCAUGUAUUCGACGCACGCCGCCUGUGCUUUUCACUGCCAUGGUUACAGGACUCUUCUGGAUUGCUGACCCCUCUAUCGCGGUCGGAGGACUGCUGUCAGCCUCUCCACUACUCCCAUUAACAGAUAGCAUCUGCCACUUGUACAGAAACGUCUGAAGAAAUCAGAGUCUGAAUGCAAAGCCUUUGACAAAGUGCACAUGCUACACCUGGGCCUCCUGUUCUCAAGCCCUUUUAAAUCAAGACCAUUGCAGGCAUGAGGACAAAGUCAAUGUUUCUCUUAAUGCUGGAACCUUCUGAUAAUACUGCUCUCUGCUCAGUUAUCUUUCCUUAUUCAAUAAUGUUUUACUUUUAUGGACAGUAACCGUUCAAAACCUUUCAGACGAUAAUUAAAAUGGCACGUUUUACAAGCACUUGUCUGCUGCUGAAAAAAUGAAGAAAAAACUAAAAUCUGUAUUCUCUCACAAUAAAAAAAACUAAGAAACAAGUAUAUAAGUAAUUAGAUUUUGGAUAUAUACCAAUGCCAGGGCAAUGCGUGGAUUUUGACAGGAUGUAUUACAUUUUUAUUUUUUGUCAAAAUGUAUAGAGGGUGAAGCAAAGGUUACUGGACAUUUUAUACAAAAACAGCUUAGCCAGUGGACCUGCGACUUUUACUACACAUUGUGUGUAUACUUAGGGUUACAUAUACUCGAAUCUCACAAGCUGAACAGAUGGAGCAGACCAUAUUGUAUAACUCUAUCAUUUUGUUUUGGGAUUCGCAAAGUUCUCUCGUGUGUCUGUAUGCCUUUGCAUUUACUGUGCAUUCUGUCUAGGUGCCUGACAACUGUGUUUUAUAAUAGAUCAUUUAGGCAUGUAAAAUAACUGAACUUUGGUCAUGCCAGUUUGACAACAUGAAAACCUCACUGGUAACAUCCGGGUGUAAUAAGAGCUGGUUCUCUCAUAAUUAAAGAACUGCUUCAAGUUAAAGGACUGUGAGCAAAUCCUAUGUGUGUGCAAUUAAAUUCAGGGUGUUUUUACAAACCCUUUUAAAAUGUCCUGUAUAAACUGUGUUCAUAUCCAAGUUUGAAAUGCACAAUUCGAGUGUCAGUAGGAUGGAAGCUCGAGGUAUGACAGGGGUGAAGACUUCUUGUGAAGAGUGGGUAUAUACGAAUGGCUUCUAUAAGCAAUGAAAUGGAUCAUUAUAUUACGGUUAAGUGGUGCACCUAAAAAUGAAAGCCUGGGCAUGUGUACGUGUGUUAAGAAGUUGCAGGUGUACGUGUGUUAAGAAGUUGCAGGUGUACGUGUGUUAAGAAGUUGAAUGUGUACGUGUGUUAAGAAGUUGCAGGUGUACGUGCGUUAAGAAGUUGAAUGUGUACGUGUGUUAAGAAGUUGCAGGUGUAUUGUAUUUGUACAUGUACAUGUAUUCUGAACCUCUAUUUCAGGAGCUUGCUCAGACGCACCAGUAACUGUUGCCAUUGCUUUUAAAGGAAACUUUUGUCUCAGUGUUUUGGGUUUUUUUUUCUGUUUAAAAAUAAAGAUUCACACUGUUUUCACAUGGUUGGCUUAGACUUCAUACA